AUGGCCUCGGCAGCUCGCGAUGGCCAGGCUGGGGCUGCGGAGCAGCCGCCGGAGGCGUCCUUCGCGGCGGAACUGGAGGGCCUCGUGGCCGGCGCCGAGGCCGCCCUGGCGCGGGGCCGCGCGCCAGACGUGAGCCCCGCAGCGCUGGCCAGUGUAGGCAAGGGCAUCGCGGGGGCGACCGUGCCGCCCCUGACGCUGAAGCGGGCCGGGAGCCGGCUUUGGCAGGUGUGCUGCGGCGCGGCCGCGGCGAAGCCCGCGCCGCUGCUGGCGGGCGCGCCCGCCGCUGGGGCCCGGGAGCUCGCCUGCGAGCUUAUCGAGGCGGGCAUGUCGCAGAGCGGCAUCUGGCCCUCGAGGGACCACGUGGACCUCAUCCUCCAGUGGGCUGUGGCGGGCAAGGCCUGGCUGGAUCUCCGCGCCCCCGGGGCCGCCGUCCGCUGCCUGACCCGGUCCGGCGCCGCGUCGGACGCGUACGCGAGGGACGACGGGCCGCGGGCGGCAUCGGUCGCGGAGAGCGACCGCCUCCUCGAGGCGUCGCUGCAGGCGCAGCUGUGGAUGGCGGAGGCCUUGGCGCUGGGCGACAGCCACGACCAGGCCUUUGUGGCCCUCUCGAAGGCCUGCCAGGCGCUCAGGGGCUCGCCCGCGCUCGUGGGCUCAUGCAGGGGCACGCUGCUGCGCGAGUGCCGCCGCCACGCCGCGCGGCUGCGGAAGCUGGGCGACAGCCGCCGGGCGAUCGACGUCCUGACCCUGGCGUGCACGAUGCUGCCGCCAGAGGCAGGGGCGGGCUCGGCGCGGGCGCAGCCAGAGCGGGCGGAGCUGCUCCGGCAGGUGGUGCCAUGCCACGCGGACCUCGGCGAGCACGCGACGGCCAUGGCGCGCGCCCGCGAGGCCGUCCGCCUGGAGACGCGCGGCUCCACGGGGCAUGCCAGGUCGCUCCGCGCGAUGCUCGGCGCCCUCUGCGCGCCGGGGGCCGCGUCGGCCGACCGGCCCACUGCCGACAGGGAGGCCCUGGAGGCCACGCUGGAGUUUGUGGCCCACGAGCGGGCCAAGGCUCAGGACUGCCUGGACGUCUGCCGCGAGCUGGCGGACCACGGCCUCGACGCCACGUGCCUCCGCUGCCUGUCGCGGCUGCGCGCGAGGCUCGGGGGCAACCUAGAGGAGCUUGGGUCCGCGUGGCUCUUCUGCGCGCAGCUGCUUGCGAACCGUGUGGAGGAGGGUGGCGAAAGCCUGGGAGGCCCGGAGCAGGCGGUCGACCGGCUCUGCGAGCUCCUCGACGAGGUCGAGGCCUGCCCGGAGCGUCCCAGCGGUCUGCCGGAGAAGUUCGCGCAGCUGCUGUGGGGCCUGGGUGGCGCGCUCUGCCGCCGUGGGCAGGCGCAGGCCGCGGCGAUGUGGAUGAAUCGCGCACUGCCCUUCCUCACCGAGCAGGGUCGCGUGGCCGCUGGGUGGAGGGCGCUCGCGGCCUGCCACCGGGAGGCGGGCGAGCUGGACCAGGCACGGCGCUGCGCGGACACCGCCCUGGCCCACGAGCCCUCCGACGCCCCGGCCGCGGUGUUUGUGCUGCUCGACGCCCUCCGCCGGGGAGAGGCCGAGCUCGUCGGCAGUCUGCUCGCGCGCGCCUCGUCGCAGGAGGUCAUUCUAUCGGUGGGGCAGAUGGCGUACGUCGUCCAGGAGGCUGGGAAGCAGCAGCCGCCCUCGGCGAUGCUCUCGGACUGCCUCGAGCUGCUGCUGCGGAUCGUGAGCGACGACGCCCAGGCCGCGGAGGAGGCCGGCGUCACGCAGCAGCGGGUCCUCCGCACGCUCCUCGAGACCUGCGAGGCGCGUGGGGAGCCAGCAUCGCGCCUGGCGCAGCACCUGGGCUCCGCGGCUGCCCUCCGAGGGCUGCCCGAGAACGAGGCGGGGUGGUUCCUCGAGUUUGCCUGGCAGAAGGCCACAGGCUUCGCCGAGCAGCGGGACUGGAGCAGCAGCGUGUCGAUGUUCAAGUGUGCGCACGAGCUGGUCGCGCGGUGCGGCGGCACGGCCGCCGACGAGGGGAGGUGCGCGGCUGCGCUGUGCCAGGCCCUCUUGCAGCAGGCGGGCGCCCGCGCGGGCGAGGGCGGCGCGGCCGAGGCGCGGGACCUGCGGCAGCGGGCGCGCCUGUGGGCCACGCGCGGGCGCUCGGGCCUCGUGAGGGACGGGGCGCGUGCGCUGGGCGCCGCCGGCGCUGCCACCGACCAGGCCCUGGCGCGCUUCCAGUUCGAGGCCGCGUGCCACCUGCGCGAACUGCCCAGCGGCGCGGGCUUGGACGAGCUGCUGGCGGUGGCGUCUACGGACCCGGAGGGCGCGGCCCUGCUGGCGCGCGUCGCCCUCGAGGCGGGGGACGCGGAGCUGGCGGCGCGCUGCCUGCGCCGCUACCUGCGCCUGGCCGCCCGCGAGGGCGGCUUCUGCCCGAGGAGGGCGGCCGCGGCCCGCCGCGAGCUCGCCGGGCUGCGCGUGCCUGGGGGGGAGGACGGCGAGGAGCUGGGCCGCGCCUGCGAGGAGGCCCUGGAGCUGCUGAGGGCCAAGGCCGGAGUGGCGGCCUCGGGCGCGGCGCUGCCAGACCCUGUGCCCCACGAGGAGGCCCUCUGGCUGGCGCUGCAGGCGUGGAACGUGGGCGCCGAGGUGCUUGUCGGGGCCGGCUCCUCGGGAGAGGCGGCCGCACUGGCGGCGCGGCGGAUGCGGCAGGGGCUGGCGCUGCUGGGCGUCCUGGCGCGGCUCGGGGCUCUGCCGGGGCGCGGGCUCGGCGACCUGCACUGCGAGCUGUGCGGGCAGCUGGCCGUCGCCGAACCUCUGCGCCGGUGGUUUGCCAGUGAAUGCCAGUCAGAGGAGAGGGCUCGGUCCGAGUAG